AUGGAGAUACAGAAAGUGCCCGCGCUUUGUUUUCCACAAUUUCUCAACAAUUCCUGCAGAAAGCCGACACUUCAUUGGUCGAAAGCCGUGCUGCUGAACAUUGUGUUCUCCUGUAUCUCUCUGCUCACUGCUGCUCUAAACCUUCUCGUCAUCAUUUCAGUCUCCCACUUCAGGAAACUUCACACACCAAGUAACAUCGUCCUCCUCUCUCUGGCUGUCUCAGACUUUCUUGUGGGUCUUCUGUUGAUGCCAGCAGAAAUAUUAAGAAGCACGACCUGCUGGGUACUUGGUGAUCUUAUGUGUUCUGUUUAUUGGUAUCUGACCGGCAACAUUAUCUGUGCUUCAAUAGGGAACAUAGUUCUAAUAUCAGUUGAUCGUUAUGUGGCUAUUUGUGACCCCUUGCAUUACCGCACCAGAAUUACUGUGAAACGAACCAAACUCAGUGUGUGCUUAUGUUGGUUUUAUGCUAUUUUCUACUGGAGUCUUUAUAUAAAGAAUAUCCUGAUUGAACCGGGCAGGUAUAAUUCCUGCUACGGAGAGUGUAUGUUUGUCAGCAGUGAUAUUGCAGGGAUUAUUGACCUUUUUUUAUCUUUUAUUGUUCCACUUUCUGUCAUCAUAGUUCUUUAUAUGAGAGUAUUUGUGGCGGCUGUGUCCCAAGCUCGUGCCAUGCGCUCUCAUGUUACAUCUGUCACACUUCAGCAUUCAAGCAAUCAAGCAAAGAAAUCUGAGCUGAAAGCAGCCAGGACUCUGGGGGUUCUUGUAGUUGUGUUUCUGUCAUGUUACUCUCCAUUUUACUGCUAUUAUCUUGCUGAAGAAAAUGUGGUCAAUGAUCCAUCUGCAUCUACUGUUAUCAUUAUUUUUUACAUUAACUCUUGUCUAAACCCUUUGAUCUAUGCCUUGUUUUACCCCUGGUUUAGAAAUGCUGUUAAACUUAUUGUCACUCUGCAGGUCUUCAAGCAUAACUCCUGUGAGGCCAACAUACUAUAA